AUGCAGUCCCGCGCCGUCGACACCGGCGUCGACCUUCGCGUGCCUGAGGACCAGCCUGCCGGUACCAUCGUCGGCAGGAUCCCGACAAAACCUGGCUUCACGUACCGAUUCAAUGAACCACCGAAAGAGUUCAUCCUGGACCCGGUUUCUGGAGAAAUCAGGACUAAUAUGGUUCUAGACAGGGAAACCGUGGAUCGUUAUGCUUUUGUGGUGCUAUCAAGUCAACCCACCUAUCCAAUCGAAGUAAGAUUACGGGUAACGGAUGUGAAUGACAACUAUCCUGAAUUUCCUGAACCGAGCAUCGCUGUUGCCUUUUCCGAGAGCGCAGCCGCCGGGACUAAGUUGUUGCUCGAUGCUGCAACUGAUGCAGAUCUUGGAGAAAAUGGUAUCACCAACGAUUACAGAAUAAUUGAUGGAGAUAACGAAGGAAAGUUUCGUUUGAAUGUUACCGUUAAUCCGAGUGGCCAAACAUCUUAUCUGCAUUUAGAAACGACCGGAAAGCUGGAUAGAGAAACAACUGAUUUUUACAUCCUAAACAUAUCAGCACGAGAUGGUGGAAAUCCACCAAAAUACGGGUACCUUCAAGUGAACGUUACUAUUUUGGAUGUGAACGAUAAUCCACCAAUUUUUGACCAGAGUGACUUUUCAGUGUCUUUGAAUGAAAGUGUCCCACCUGGAACAACUGUUUUGAAAGUGACGGCUACAGACAGUGAUUUAGGUGAUAAUAGUAAAAUAACUUAUGAAGUGACCGACUCCGAGAAACAGUUCGCAGUGGAUCCUGAAUCUGGAGUGAUUACGACAACCAAAAAAUUGAAUUGUCCUAAGUAUUGUACUAAUACGACAUGUAAUAUGACUUGUGUAUUGACCGUGAUAGCGAAAGAUCAUGGUGUGCCGCGUCAGGAUGCACGGACCUACGUCACCGUCAAUCUCAUAGAUGCCAACGACCACGAUCCUGUUAUUACUUUCACAUACGUUCCUCCGACGGCGAAUUUUGCUACAGUCGAUGAAAAUGCUAAAAAUGGAUCAUUAGUAGCCGCUAUUACUGUUACUGACUUGGAUGCUGGAUUGAACGGUAAAACUAGUGUUAGCAUUAUAUCAGGCAAUGAACUGAACCAUUUUCGCUUAGAAAACUCUUCCAGUGUGUACAUAGUGCAUGUAAAUGGCGUUUUAGAUAGAGAAGAAAUAAGUAAAUAUAAUUUAACAGUUGUUGCUAAAGAUCAAGGCACGCCUUCUAGAACUUCUACCUCAUAUUUAGUUAUUCAUGUUAACGACGUUAAUGACCAUGAACCUGUCUUUGAAAAAUCUGAGUAUUCCGCAGUUUUAAGCGAGCUUGCCCCACCUGGAACCUAUAUUGCUAGCAUUACUGCUACUGACGAAGAUACUGGCGUAAAUGCAGAGAUAUUUUAUGACUUUUAUGAUGGAAACCAACUGCAGUGGUUCACAAUCGAUCAUUUGACAGGAUUGGUCACUACAAAAUCUAUUUUAGAUAGAGAAACUCAAGGGACAGUCGAAUUAAAUGUUUCAGCUAGAGAUGGUGGGCCUAAUCCAAAGUGGGCGUACACAAGAUUGAAAGUAACGAUAUUAGAUGAAAAUGAUAAGGCUCCUACAUUUCCACAGUCUCAAAUAAAUACAACACUGCAUGAAAAUAUAAAACCAAUAAAGGAAAUUAUCAUUUUGACUGCAUCAGAUAACGAUCAAGGUACAAAUGGUUCAGUAUCUUAUUACUUACCUUCCAGUAUUGAAAGAAAAUAUCCUAACACGUUUAUUUUAGACCCGAUUACUGGACAAUUAAGUACAGUAAUUGAAUUAGACAGAGAAAGAAUCCCCAUGUAUGAAAUUCAAGUUUUAGCAAAGGACCAAGGAUUUCCACCUCAAUCAUCCACAGCCACUAUUUUUCUAAAAGUAUUGGAUGUCAAUGAUAACUACCCAACAUUUUAUCCUCAACGAUACAUUGAAAGCAUCAGUGAUGAUGUCCCUCCUGGUACAAACAUCUUACAAAUUAAAGCAAUAGAUUUAGAUGAAGGAGAUAAUGCAAAAAUAAUGUACAAGCUUGAAAGUGGAGGUGAUGGUUAUUUUGAUGUAGAACCAUCUACUGGCCAUGUAGUCCUACAAAAAAGCUUCCGUAAAGCUCCUUUAACUUCUUACACCUUAAGAGUUUCUUGUAAAGAUAAAGGAAAUAAAAAAGCACACGAAGAUGCGAUUGUAGAGAUAUUAAAAUUAUCACAUCGCAAAAACAUUGAGUUUGACGGAUACAAUGGGUAUAAUUUUAAAAUUCAGGAAGAUGAGGGAACAUCUAAACCAGAUAUUGGUCGUUUUGUGGGAAAAGUUACUGCCAAAAUAUCUAGUGAUACACUGUCAUACUAUAUUUUGGAGGGCGACCCCAAACAUGUUUUCAAAAUUGACAAGAAAAGUGGAAUUAUAACAACUGAUGCAAAUGUAGAUCGUGAAGACAAAAUGACUUAUCGUUUGAAAAUUCUAGCCAAAAGUGGAGUAACAUUUGGAUUUACAACUGUAAAUAUCUCAGUACUGGAUGUAAAUGAUAAUUAUCCAAUAUUCAUAGAAGACAAAGAUGAAAUUCACAUAUCAGAAAAUAUGGCAGUCGGCCAAGAAGUAUAUUUUGCGAGAGCUAUUGAUCGCGAUUCAGGAUCUAAUAGAACAAUCUUUUAUACUUUGAGUAGUCCUGAUAAUAGUUUUCGUAUAUCAGAGACAACAGGAGUAAUUUAUCUAAAUAAACCAAUUUCUGCUGAACCUGGUUAUAUCAUAAAUAUUGAAGUUACAGCCACUGAUAAUGGAAACCCUUCUCUAUCGACAAAACACUCAAUAUCAGCAAUUAUUGAUGACGUGAAUGAUCAUACUCCUGUAUUCGAUCACACUUCUUAUGAAACGUCGUUGUUGGAGUCAACACUUGUGAAUACGAGAUUUUUUGGCAUCGCUGCUUCUGAUGCCGAUUUGGGUGAUAACGGAAAAAUAUCUUAUUCAAUAGUGGAAGGAAACACUGAUGGAAAAUUCGGAGUGUUUCCCGAUGGAUUCCUGUAUGUAAAGAGCCCACUGGAUAGAGAAGAAAAGGAUUACUAUUCUUUGACAUUAGUUGCGUCUGACCAUGGAGUGCCACCAAGAUCGUCUCAAGUUCCUGUUGUUAUACAUGUUUUAGAUGAAAAUGAUAACAGUCCUCAAUUUACUAACACUACAUUUAUUUUUAAAAUAAAAGAAAAUGAACCACCAGAUACAUUCGUUGGAAAAUUGACAGCAACAGAUAGAGACAUUGGUCGUAACGCUGAGUUAACAUUUAGUUUACCUAUUGCCCAAAAUGAUUUUAGAAUAGACUCAAGGAAUGGUUUUAUAAAAACUUUGAAAUCUUUUGACAGAGAGAGCUUGGCACAUACUACUGGUCAGAACUAUAUUACAUUGACAGUUACUGUGAGUGACAAUGGCAAAGUAAAGCUGUCUGAUUCAGUGAGAGUAACAAUUUAUAUUACAGAUGUUAAUGAUAACGCACCGAUUUUUACACGAACACCAUACAAAGUAGAAGUGUCUGAAGGCGCUGCUGUGGGUGCAUCUAUUGUGAGGGUAUACUCAACAGACGCAGAUGAAGGACUGAAUGGUGAUAUUUACUACAAACUGAUAAGUGGUGAUAACAUGGGUCAAUUUUCACUGGAUGAAGCGACAGGCCAGCUUUUGAUUGCUAAACAUUUGGACCGCGAGACAGUCGAUCAUUAUGAAUUGACUGUUUUAGCCCAUGACUCUGGCCAGACAGUAAGGCUCUCUGCUACCACAACCAUUACUAUUGAUGUCUUGGAUGAAAAUGAUAACGCACCUAUUUUUACACAAACACAAAUGAAUGUUUCGGUUUUAGAAACAGAACCUGUAAAUAAAAAGAUUAUCCAAUUCCAUGCAACUGAUGCUGAUUUAGGUGUAAAUAGUGAGUUGCAGUUUUCAAUAACAUCAGGGAAUAGAAAGGAAGCAUUUUUCAUCGACAGUUACUCAGGAGAAUUAUUUUUACACAAACAGUUAGAUUACGAGGAUUUGACAUCAUAUUUGCUGGUAAUUACUGCAACGGAUAAUGGAAACCCAAGUUUGUAUUCAAGCAUAUCUUUUACUGUGAAUGUGAUAGAUGCAAACGAUAAUGCACCAGUAUUUACUAAUACAGCAAUAGUGCGCCAGAUCAGAGAAGGUAUUCCCAAACAUACACCGAUAGUAACUGUAACUGCAGAAGAUCCUGACUCUGGUUUGAAUGGGAAGGUAUAUUAUUCUAUCACAAAGCAAGACCCUAAUGAUAACAAACGACAUUUUGCUAUAAAUAACGUGACAGGUGUGAUACAUACUUUGCUGCCUAUAGAUAGAGAAAGCAUUGAUACAUUCAGAAUAACUGUCGUUGCGUAUGAUAGAGCUGAACCACCUUCAGCCAGAUUGUCAGCUGAGAAAUUAGUGACAGUAAUAGUAGAAGAUAUAAACGACAAUGCACCAAUAUUUGUAUCCAUGAACGCCGCAGUAAUAGGCUCAGAUCGUAUGGGCAGAAGUAUGGGUAGAGGAAUAUUCAUAAUGAAUGUUUUGGCUAGAGAUCUAGACUCUGGAACGAAUGGUUUGGUCACUUACAAACUUAUUCAUGGUGGAAGUGAUUUGUUUGACUUGCAUAGAAGUAACGGUGCUUUGACGCUGCGGUAUCCCCCGUCUGUGCCUGAGGCUAGGUGGAACCUGGUCAUAAAAGCUACGGAUGAAGCGGUGUUAAGUGAACAAAGAAGUACAGAGACGUAUCUCAGUGUUAUUAUGGGUGGAACGGAUUUGCAAGGUGUUACCUGGACGAAUGCAAGAUCCGUUUCAGUGGCCGAGAAUGAGCCGGCUGGCACCGCAGUGUUGAACUUGACCAAUAACUAUAAAUCUGGAUUAGAAUAUUACAUAGUGAAUGUGACUGGUGAAGGUAGACAAGUGGACAGGUUAUUCGAUAUCGAUUCGUCGUUAGGGAUUUUAUCAACAGCAGUGUCCUUGGAUCGCGAGACAGGAGUUGACCGAUACGAGGUGGAGAUCUGCGCCGUGUCAUCGGGGACCCCACUGAAAACCACAACAACUAAGGUCGAAAUCGUGAUACUGGACAAGAAUGACAGCCCACCGGAGUUCAAGAACAUACCACCAGCUUAUAUGGCUUCGGAAGACCUAGCACCGGGACAGCUCAUCGUGACCAUCACCGCUGAAGACCCUGACACGAUAGGGACCAUCACCUACAGUAUACAGUCCGAAGAACCGACGCCAUUCUUGCUGGACUCCCGUUCGGGGGCGUUGACCCUCAAAGAUCCCCUGGACAGGGAGACCAUAUCAGAGUACCAAAUCGUGAUAAGAGCCGACGAUGGCGUGCAGUACACAGACGUCACAGUAGUUGUCCAGGUUACUGACACCAACGACAAUCCGCCAGUGUUCAAAGAAACUGCGUAUUCCUUCGACAUUCCUGAGAACGCAGCGCGGGGUUCCAUAGUGGGGACCGUAGAAGCCGUCGAUUUGGACUCGGGUGCCAAUGCCCAGUUGACGUACACCGUCAUCUCCGACUGGGCCAAUGACGUCUUCUCACUCAAUCCUCAGACUGGAGUGUUCACCCUGACCGCCAAAUUGGACUACGAAGAGACGCAGCACUAUAUUCUUGUAGCGCAAGCUCAGGACAAUGGUCACCCAUCAUUGUCUGGCACAGUAACGGUUUACGUGAAUGUGGUCGACCUAAACGAUAACGCGCCCAUAUUUGAUCCUAUGAGUUUCUCGAACGAAAUUUUAGAAGAUGUGCCUAUUGGAACUUCUGUUGUGACCAUCAGCGCUACCGACAUGGAUUCUGGCCUCAACGGCAAACUCACGUACAGUAUUUCGUCAGGAGACGAUGCUCAUGAUUUCACAAUAGCACACAAUGGCACAAUUUUUACGGCAAAGCUCUUGGACAGAGAAGUUCUUCCAGUGUACAACCUCAUAGUGACAGCCAAGGACUCUGCCAAGCCGCCAGAGCCACAGCUUUCUUCAACCGUCCAGGUGACCAUUCAACUAAAAGAUGUCAACGAUAUGGCACCAGAGUUCAUAACCCCAAACGUUACUUCAGUAUCUGAAAAUAUUCCAUUGAAUACAGUGGUAAUGACCAUCAAAGCUGUCGAUAAAGAUGAAGGAAGAAAUGGUUAUGUUGAAUACUUCAUGACUCCUGAUCCAGAAAUCAAUGGAUAUUUUUCGCUGGGUAACGUUGAUGGAGUGCUAAGGGCCACUGGUAAACUUGACAGGGAAUUAAAAUCAAGCUACACAAUAGUUGUAACAGCCAAAGAUAGAGGUGAUCCACCAAAUGUAACCAAAACAAAAAUACAAAUAAAUAUUUUGGAUGAAAAUGACAACAGCCCAGUAUUUGAUCCCAAACAGUAUAGUGCCUCUGUUCCUGAAAACGCUAGUAUUGGAGCCAGUGUAUUGCAAGUUUCGGCUACGGAUGUUGAUGAAGAUGCCAAUGGCCGAGUUAGGUAUUCAAUUGCAUCUGGUGAUGAAAAUAGAGAUUUCAGUAUCAGUGAAGACACGGGUGUCGUACGAGUAGCUAAAAAUCUUAAUUUUGAAAGAAAAUCUCGUUACGUUCUAACUAUCAGAGCUGAAGAUUGUGCUAAAGAUGAUAUUCGAUUUGAUAUAGCUGAGAUAUCAAUAUCUAUUCAAGACAUAAACGAUAACCCGCCUACAUUCCUGGAUUCACCAUACUUGGCAUAUGUAAUGGAAAACGUAAUUCCACCUAACAACGGAUACAUAAUCACAAUUCAUGCUUAUGAUGCUGAUUCACCGCCAUUCAAUAAUCAAGUGCGCUAUUUUAUAAAGGAAGGAGAUGCAGAUCUUUUUAAAAUAAAUGCAUCGUCUGGACAAAUCUCUUUGUUACGAACAUUGGAUCGAGAGGCUCAGGAUGAAUACACAUUAUCGCUUGUAGCAAUGGAUACUGGUUCACCACCUUUAACUGGAUCGGGAACUGUGAAAAUUAUAGUGCAAGAUGUCAACGAUAACAGCCCCGAAUUCGAGAGACAGAGCUACAAAGCUAAUGUCAAGGAAAAUUUACCACGUGAUACUGUGAUUUUACAACCCAAGGCUACAGACAGAGAUCUAGGAAACAAUGCAAAAAUCAGAUACAGUCUUCUUGGUGACAAAUCUGAAAGGUUCCAAAUUGAUCCAGCCACAGGAAUUAUCUCUACAAACGCUACAUUGGAUAGAGAAGAAUGGGAUGUGUAUUAUUUGAUUAUUAUGGCUCAAGACUCUUCUACAACCGAUCCACGAACUGCUACAGCUAACCUCACAAUAGUAGUGGAAGAUGAAAACGAUAAUACUCCAACAUUUUCGAAGCCCGUGUAUGAGACUCACAUCUCCGAGCGUACUAUGAAAGGUGAUUUUGUGUUUGGAGUCAAAGCCAAAGAUAACGAUAUUGGCCUAAACAAAAAGAUAAUUUAUAGCCUAAAAGGUGAACAUGAAGAUCUAUUUACUAUGAAUGAAGAAACGGGUGUUAUCAAAGCAAAAGAAAAUAUACAGAAAUAUACUAAUAAAAACAUGGCACCGUUCAACCUGAUAAUAAUUGCCACUGAUUGCGGCGCUACUCCUAGGCACAGUACAACUGAAUUGAUUUUAAUACCAAAGUCAGUAACAAAUUUCCCAAAAUUCAGCGCUUCCAAUAAACUAACAUUUACUUUUUCCGAAGACACUGCAGAAGGAGUAUUAGUAACUAGAUUAUCAGCAACAUCCCCUAAAAAAGGUCUAACAGGCCUCCUGCAAUAUGCAGUAGCAGGUGGAAAUGUCGGCGACGCUUUGAGAGUAGAACCAAUUAGUGGAGAAGUGUUCAUUACUGGAAAGGGCCUAGAUUAUGAGACUAUGCCCCUUUAUGAAGUUUGGUUUGAAGUAAGAGAUUCUGAUAUUCCUCCAUUGAAAUCUUUUAUCGAAGUUGAAAUAAAAGUUACUGAUGCUAAUGACAAUGCACCAGUGAUUGAAAAUUUAUUGUAUAAUGCAUCUGUACUUGAGGAAGAGUAUCCACCACAGUUAGUUAUCAAAAUUGAAGCACACGAUGAUGAUUCAAACGAAAAUGGAAGAAUAUCAUACAAACUUGUGGAUGACUUUGAUGAAACCUUUCAUAUUGAACCCGAAUCAGGUGAAAUCUAUACUAACAUAGCGCUAGAUAGGGAGUCUAUAGCAUCCUACGAAAUAAUUGUUGAGGCUGCGGAUCAUGGUGUUCCACAAUUAGUUGGGACCUCGACUGUUAUAGUUACAGUUCUAGAUAAAAAUGAUAAUCCACCCAGAUUCACUCGCCUUUUCAGCGUGAAUGUUACUGAGAAUGCAGAAAUUGGAUCGUUUGUAAUAAGAGUAACAAGCUCAGAUUUAGACAUUGGUGCAAACGCUAAUGCCACGUAUAGUUUUGUUGAAAACCCGGGUGAAAAAUUUGUUAUUGACCCCAUUAGUGGGAAUGUAACAGUUGCUAGACCAUUAGAUAGAGAACUUCAAGAUGAGUAUAUCCUAAAAGUUGCAGCUAUUGAUGGAGCUUGGCGAUCAGAAACGCCGCUAACUAUAACGAUUCAGGAUCAAAACGACAAUGCACCAGAAUUUGAAUACUCAUUUUACAGUUUUAAUUUCCCAGAGCUACAAAAGAAAAACAGUUUUGUUGGACAAGUUAUUGCAACGGAUAGAGAUAAACAAGGACCAAAUUCUAUAAUUUCUUACUCUUUACAACAAACUUCAGAUUUGUUUUCUAUAGAUCCAGCAACUGGUGAAAUACUAAGUAAAUUCGUGAUGAAUUACAAAAGAACUUCCGUUAAUUUGUCUCCAGAGAAUACUUAUUCUGUAGUCGUAGUUGCUACGGAUAACGGAAAACCACCAAUGUCAUCCGAGUGCUUGGUAACAAUUAAUGUAGUGGAUGCGAACAACAAUGCCCCUAAAUUCAAAGAUCAUGAAAAGUUUGUGCCUGUACCAAAAGAUGCCACACUAGGAGAAAGAAUUAUAAAACUGACAGCCGAAGACACUUUGGACUUCGGAAUAAAUGCAGAGAUCGAAUAUUUUGUGUCUGGCGGCAAUGGUACAGCUUACUUGACAGUUGACAAAAAUGAUGGCUGGAUAAUUGUUAACAAACAGUUCCAUUACCUAGGACAAUACUAUGAAUUAAAAAUAAAGGCAGUAGACCGUGGAGUCCCACCCCAAUCAGAUGAAACUGUGAUUAUAUUUGUAGUUACAGGAGAUAACGAUUACACUCCUAAAUUCACAGCGUUGAGUUACCAGGUUAUAGUGCCAGAAAAUGAACCUAUUGGCUCAUCAAUACUUACAGUCAAAGCAAGUGAUGAAGAUGAUGGCCCUAACGGCAUCGUAAGAUAUUCAAUUUCUUCAGGAAACACAGGCAAAGAGUUCAAGAUUCAUCCCAUUUUGGGUACUAUUAGUAUUUUACGGUCUCUGGACUUUGAUACAAUUCAAGAAUAUCGUUUGAACAUAACUGCACGAGACCUUGGAUUUAAACCUAAAGAAGCAACUGCAACCCUAACAAUAAUACUCACCGAUAUAAAUGAUAAUGCCCCGAUAUUCAACAAGAAACAAUAUACAGCGUAUUUACCAGAAAACUCACCUGUUAACAGUUUUAUUUACAAAGUAAAAGCAAUAGACAUCGAUUCACCCAAAAAUGCAAUUAUAAAAUAUUACAUUAAUAAUCAAAUGACAUCAUUAUUUCGCAUUGAUUCUAACACUGGAGAAAUUUUCUCAAAAGAAGUGUUUGAUUACGAAGAAAAAUCCAUUUACAAGUUGGAAAUUCUGGCGAAAAAUCCUGAUUCUAUUAUGCAAAAUACCACAGAAGUAAUUGUUCAUAUAACUGGCGUUAAUGAGUACUAUCCUAAAUUCAUACAGCCAGUAUUCCACUUCGAUGUAUCUGAAUCUGCUGAAGUUGGCACAAAUGUAGGCGUAAUCCAAGCCACUGAUCAAGAUAGUGGCGAUGAUGGCAUCAUAUAUUAUUUAUUCGUUGGAUCUAGUAAUGACAAGGGUUUCAGUAUCAAUUCCCAAACUGGAGUUGUAAGAGUCGCUAGAUACUUGGACAGAGAAACCCAAAAUAGAGUAGUCCUUACAGUUUUAGCUAAAAAUUCUGGUGGUAUUCGUGGUAAUGAUACUGAUGAAGCCCAAGUUAUUAUAUCAAUUCAAGAUGGCAAUGAUCCACCAGAGUUCUUGAAACAUUAUUAUGAAGCUUCUGUGUCAGAAGGUGCAGCUAUUGGGCAAGAAGUUAUUCAAGUCAAAGCCGUUGAUAAAGAUGUGCGACCACAGAAUAAUCAAUUUAGUUUCUCUAUUAUGGGUGGCAAUACUAACCAAGACUUCAAGAUUGAUCCGCAAAAUGGUAAGAUUGAGGUAGCUCGACAUCUAGAUAGAGAAACCAUACCAACGUAUAACCUGAUUAUUGGGGCAAUAGAUACAGGAGUUCCCCCUCAAACAGGUACAGCAAGUGUGAAAAUAACAUUAACUGAUAUUAAUGAUAAUGGACCUACUUUUGAUGUCACCAGCUUUGAAGGUGCAGUGUAUGAGAAUGAACCUCCCAACACGAGUAUUGCUACCUUAUCUGCUAAUGAUCCAGACCUACCUCCAAAUGGAGCACCAUUCUCAUAUUUUAUUGUGGGUGGGAAACAACAAAAUUACGUAAAAGUGAACAGGCAUACCGGGGUUCUUUUAACUACACGAAAAAUCGAUAGAGAAUUAACACCCAAUCUAGAAGUAAUUAUUCAGAUAGAAGACAGUGGAACUCCUGUGAUGAAAUCAAACUACACAAUUUUAAUUAAGGUCUUAGAUAGAAAUGACAAUCCACCUACACCGAGAUCGGCUCAUGUUUUGGUUUAUGCAUUCAACAAUAAAGUCCCAAGUGGAAAAAUAGCCGACGUGAAACCAAACGAUCCAGAUAUUGUUGGCGAUUACAAAUGCAAAAUUAUCAAAGAAUCUACCUCUGAAAAUACUCUUUCCAUAUUGAGUAUCAAGAAAUCGUGUGAUUUAUACACAAGUGCUGUAAAACCUGGACAGGGCUACUCAUUUUCUGUGCUAGGAAAUGACGGAAUCCACAGAGACGUCAUUUCUUCAAUCAGUGUGGAAUAUUUCUCAUUUGAUAAUAACACCGUCGAGCAAUCCGUAACAAUGAAAGUUCUAAACAUGUCUGCAUCAGACUUUCUUACACAAUACUAUGGAAGCUUACUAGAGACAUUAAAAAACGGACUAGUAAAUAAAGAAAACGUGUAUUUAUACAGCAUUAACGAAAUUGGAAAUAAUUUAGACUUAACGAUGGCUACAAGAGGAAACCAUACUAUUUGGAAAAGAGAAAACACCGAAAAAUAUUUAAAAAGCAAAGAAACUGAAAUAUCAAAGAUGUUGAAAAGAGUAAUAGUUGUCCCUUACUACCCUUGUGCAAGCCACAAAUGUGAAAAUAAUGGUGUGUGUACAGAUUCUAUCAAAGUAUUAGAUGAAACUAAAAUAACUGAAAGUUCAAGUUUGAUACUGUCUUCGCCUUUGGUAAAACAUGAAUACAGUUGUCACUGUACAGAUGGUUUUAUGGGAACAAACUGUGAAAAACGACAGGAUCCUUGCUCACCAAACCCUUGUCAUUUCGGUGGACAAUGUAAGAAACAGGGCCAUGAUUUUAUUUGCAACUGCCCAGCGCGUCGUGAAGGAAAGAUGUGUGAAUUAGAAAGAGAUGAUGUUUGUAGUAGCAACCCAUGCAAGAACGGCGGAUCAUGUAAAGAAAGUUCGGACAGGAAUUCCUUUUUCUGUCUAUGCCGUCCAGGUUAUAGAGGCAAUCAAUGUGAAGCUCUUGUUGAUUCGUGCCGACCUAAUCCUUGCAUGUAUGGUGGUAUUUGUAUCAGUUUGAAACCUGGCUACAAAUGCAGCUGUACUAACGGUCGCUAUGGUACCCAUUGCGAGAGUACAACAUUUGGAUUCAAUGAAUUAUCGUACAUGCAGUUCCCAGCUCUAGAUGCAUCUACAAAUGAUAUAACAAUAAUUUUUGCAACAACAAAGCCAGAUGCUCUUCUCCUUUACAACUAUGGUGCCCAAACGGGUGGAAGAUCAGACUUUAUUGCCAUUGAACUGCUUGGAGGAAAACCAGUAUUUUCUUUCGGUGGAUCAAGAACCUCUAUUACAUCUGUAGCUAUAUCUGAUCCUCGCAAAAACCUUGCUGAUGGAGGGUGGUACAAACUGACUGCAACCAGAAAUGGAAGGGUGAUAUCACUGAGUGUUACAUCUUGCACUGAUCAUGGAGAUGUCUGCACAGAAUGUGAACCAGGCGAUGAUUCUUGCUACGACGAUGACACAGGCCAGGCUGGUACACUGAACUUCAACAACGAGCCGCUUCUCAUCGGUGGACUACACAAGGCUGAUCCAGUGCUAGAGCGUCCAGGACAGAUACACUCUGAUGACUUCGUUGGAUGUAUGCAUAGUAUUUCAAUCAACGGGCGCAUUCUCAACCUGACUAACCCAAUACGCUCUCGUGGAGUAGAACCGAACUGUGAAAGAACUGAAAAGGGCGCUUGCUACAAGAAAGAUGUUUGUGGUGCUGGAAAAUGUCUAGACAGAUGGAAGACCAACUUCUGCAAAUGCGAUGGCCACUUUUUGUCUCCUGAUUGCACUUCCUCUCUUCAAUCCAUAUCAGUAGGAGAAAAUGCUUUUGUAUCUUUUAUAAUGUCCGAGAAACAUCGAAGAAUGCAAUUGCUUGAAACGUUUUAUGGCGGCAACACUGGAUGGGAUAAGAAAAGUAGCAAAACAUCUGCAAAAGUUGUUCCAAAAGUACAUAGCCCAGCAAAAACUUUAUCUUUCUUCUUUAGAACUCACAGAAAAGAUGGAUUAUUAUUUUAUGCAGCAACCGACAAAUACUACACCUUGAUUCAAUUACUAGGUGGGAAAGUUAGCUACACUUCUAAACAAAACACUAUCGUAAAUAUGACGCAAGAAGAACAACAUGAUGUUUCUGAUGGUAACUGGCAUAAUAUUACCCUAUACUCAUUAGGAAGAAGCAUUCGAAUAAUAGUGGACAGUGUGAAUGUCGGUGAAGAACUGGACGCUGCUGGUGUUCAUGAUUUUUUAGAUCCGUACCUCACCAUUAUUUCCUUGGGUGGCGUGAAAGCAGAGUGGUUGUCGUAUUAUAACAAGUUUGAAGGCUGUUUGGCAAACUUUACUAUAAACAACGAAGUCCAACCUUUCAAUGGCAAUGGAAGCAUAUUCAGAGAAAUUGUCCGAAGUGGCAAGAUCCUAUCUGGAUGCCAUAGUGCUUUUGGUACAGGCCUAAUACAAAAUCCAGAUCCACUGAGUAUUGGAAUCACUCUCGUCAUCGUGUUCUUCAUUAUACUAAUAGUAGCCAUUUUGGGAUCUUUCAUUUUCUUCCGUCUUCGCAAGCAAAAGAAAGAAAAAGGCAAUGCACCCACUAAAAGUAGUAUGGUCCAUUCAAAGCAAAAUGGAGGACCUGCUAUGCUAAAUGCACCUAACUUAAUUGCUGGAACGAAUGAUAGCAUAAUGAGCCGAAAUCUACAUAAUAACGAAACUAGCCUAACAAGUUACAUGUCAGAUAAUGCAGAUAUAAUGAGAAACGUCGGACAUAUUGUGGGCCCCGAGCUCUUGUCUAAGAAAUACAAAGAUAGAGAAAUAAUGAAUAUCGAUCCACCCCGACCCCAACGACCCGACAUCAUUGAGAGAGAAGUGGUCGGCAAAAGUCCUGCUCUAAGGGAAGAUCACCAUCCACCUCCACCACCUUCGACAAAUACAUCUCAUCACACUCACGAUCACCCGGCUGGAAUGGAUUUAAAUUCAGAAGUACCAGAGCAUUAUGAUCUUGAAAAUGCUAGUUCAAUAGCACCAUCUGACAUUGAUAUUGUAUAUCAUUACAAAGGGUUUAGAGAAGCAGCAGGUGUGCGAAAGUAUAAAGCUACUCCUCCACCUAUAGCUGGCUAUCACCAUAAACACCAAACGCCACAGCAUAGGCAUUCACCGCAUCAUCCAAGCGGGUACCCACCUAGAGUGCUGCCUCAAGCUUCACAACCACCACCACAGACGAGGCAACAUCAGACAACACCUCUAGCUAGACUAUCUCCAAGCAGUGAACUAAGUCAACAACCAAGAAUUCUAACUUUACAUGACAUAUCAGGAAAGCCAUUGCAGAGUGCACUACUAGCAACAACAUCCAGUUCAGGUGGCGUCGGGAAGGACGCAUUGCAUAGUAACAGUGAACGCAGCUUAAACAGUCCAGUCAUGUCUCAGCUUAGUGGACAGAGUUCCUCUGCUGGAAGGAAAACUCCAAGCGCCCCACCACAAGUACCUCAAGUCGUGUCAGUCGGAUCAGGAGCAGUCGGGCUCACCGCUGAAGAAAUAGAAAGAAUGAACGCCCGACAGCGAACGUCUAGUUUAGUAUCAACUUUAGACGCAGUAUCAAGUUCAAGUGAAGCACCAAGAGGUGGAGGAGUCGGCCAUCACAUGUCACAUCGACAUCAUUCGCCACAAGAUGACAAUAGAAGCUCCACCGGCUCCGACGAUGAGAGCGGCAACGAUAGCUUUACAUGCUCUGAAAUAGAGUACGAUAAUAAUAGUAUUAGUGCAGAUAAGCCAGAAGAUGUUAGAAGACAGAACGUUAGCGGAGGCAGCAACACUAAGAAACCCAUAUUGCCACCUCCUUACGAGAGCUUUGAUUCUUCCUUUCGGGGCUCUCUUAGCACUCUAGUCGCGUCAGAUGAUGACUUAGCCCCUCACGUAGGUUCUGCUUUGUAUAGGCAAGCAAAUGGAUCCCCCGCUUCGGCCACAUUAGGCUGGGACUAUCUUGUUAAUUGGGGCCCAAAUUUUGAAAGUAUGAUCGGCGUUUUUAAAGAUAUCGCAGAACUACCUGAUUCUGUAAAUGGACGAAUGUCUUCCUCAUUAAGACUUCCAAACGGUACGCCAAAACCGUCUGAGGAGUAUGUUUAAUAUUAAUUAAAAACCUGUAAAUAUUAAUUUUAUUGUUGUAAUUUAAGAAUUUGUACAAAUGUAUUGUUGCGAUCUUGUAUCAAGGUCUCUAGAUUCAAUCCUCUUGCCAUAUGAUUGUUGUGUUAAUUGUAAUUAUUGUCUUAAAUUACUUGAAUGUUCACGAUUUAAAAUGCUUUUUACUUCCAUGUACAUAAAUAGGAUUGGUAUUCGUGCUAUCUUGGAAAGUAGGUAUUGUGUAGAUAAAAUCUUUGGAUAACUAAAAAUUUAUGUUUAUUCCAUUCAAAAUUUCAGUUUUUACUCGUAAGAGCUCUGUCUGUUUAUAUUUUCAUCUCAUGUAAAUAAUGACGUAAAUUAUACGCUUAUUUUAUACAUAUAGUUAUAAUAAAUUAUUGUGAUUGUUAGUUUCUUGUAAAUGUAUAUUUUCCCUCACAUGUAACAUCUAUGUGAAUGCUGUAGUAUGCACGCAGAGCUCUUAGAAUAAUUGUUAAUGGAAAAGUAGCCAUAUUAUUUAGUGAACAAAGUGCCAAAAGCGUCUUCUGUUCAAAAGAACUGACUAGAUAAUAUUAAUGUAUAUUGUAUGAAUAAUAAAUAUAAUUUCAAAUUA